AUGGACUUUAUUCGUAGAAAGUCAGGCCCUCAGGCCGCACAUGGCCCCCAGGAGGAAGAGCCAUCAGCUGCACCACGAGUUCGCAACAGACUGUCUAAGCCUCGCAGCUUGAACCACAACCUCAAAGCCUCGAGCAGCCAGCUACGACUUGAGGCACUCGACACAGGUGCACAGCAUGCAGAACCUCGUUCAGAGUUUACUGUCGUGGAACCUACAGAGUCCGGUACUGACGGCCCCAGCACCAACCCCCGCGUCUCUGACCUGAUCACCCGCCUUGAGGCCAAUCAAAAGACAUCCUCGCAGACUUCACUGCCUCUGUCAAAACGCAGAGACUCAUACAGAGGAUCUAUGACAUCUAUAACAGAGCAGAAGCUCACGAGUCUCACCACUUCCUCGUCGCACCCUAGACUUACGACACUCAAGAACGACUCGAAGUCAACCAUCUCACCAGCACAGUCAGUCGACGAUCUCAGGCUUUCCGAGAUACCCAACUUCUCUCGCCGAUCCUCGUUCAAGCCUGGCGCCGCUACUAGGAAGAGCAGCCAGGUUGAGAUCAUCCUUGAAGAGCCCGAGCCCAACAAAAACAUGUUACAAGAUGACAAGCCACAACAAAGCUUCGUCGAUGACGACGCUAGGUCAUUCGUUGAAGGCGAUGAUGAAGCUUGGUACCCUCCUCCUCAAGUCGGUCGCCCUGAAACGCCGCGAAGCCUCAUCGACUACCCACACUUAGGCAGCUUGACUCCCGGAUCACUCCAGGUGACGAACGGUAGAGCCUCACCGACUGGUAGCAACAUGUCAAAGCAGCUCAUAACACACCAGUUCUCACGGCAGUCACGGGUGCGCGACGUCUCCAGUGAAUACGACCAAUCUGUCUAUGAUGAUCAGUCUUUGCCGGCAAGUCUCAAUGGUGAUUCGGUAUACUCAACCAAGAACCGGUACCGCGACUUUAGCUGGCAAAGUCGGGGAAGCUCCAAGCUCAGGAACGACGAUGCUCCUCCAAUGCCAGACACCGAUGCCGUCUGUUCAGAUCCUGCCUCUUUCUUGGCCGACGAAUAUAUGGCUGAGCUCCCAGCCAGCCCGUUCGCUGUGCGCAAAUCAAGUCUCCAGAACUUCGCUCAUCGGGUAGCCCUUGCCGGGCUCGAGGGAUCUGUCCGUCCUGAAAGCUACCUCAGCUAUCAGUCAGCUGACAUUCACGACGAGCGACGUGCCUCGUCACCAGUCCCGUCAGUCAAGUCAGAGACAGGCACGAUCUUGGUCACUACCACAAAAACGACCGAGGCCGAUGACGAUCUUUUCGAGGAUGAAGCCUUGGGUGGAUCGCCCACCAGAGAUCGUUUUGAAAGUAGUGACUCGUGGCAUGCUACAAGUGUAGUAGAUGAGAAUAGAGUGCAGAGCAACGACGGGCUCGACACCGAGUAUGCAGUCGACUUUACAACUGAAAAUCAAUUGACGCUGUUGCAAUCUGUUGGCGACGUUCAGGUCAGCAAGACCAUGUCAUCGACCACGAUCGAAAUCGAUACGACCAUGCUGACGCCGGCCCAGACAGCUGAGAUCCACGAAAUGGACGCGAAUGGCUACGAGUCCGAUUUGCGGUUCCACUCACCUAUCGAACUUGAGCCACUGUCGUCGUGGACCCCAAAUUUUUCCUCGCCGGAGCCUCGCAAGUCCUUUCACAAGUCCGACUCCGGCUACUCUUCGAACGUCUCCCUGCGGUCCUCGUCCGGUGAAAGGAAACAGAGCAUGUCGAAGAUAUCCUCGGAACUGGAUCGACGCAGUCUUGUCGGCAAGGUCUUUCGUCCAAUUCUGAAGAGUCGACGAACAUCUACCGAAGUUGUCACAACACGCAAGAGCACCGACAAAGCCCGCCCGACGCCGACCCGAGCUCAGACAUCGAUUGCAGCCUUGUCUGACGCACCUACACAGAGGCCGCCCCAAGCUGCAGUGGUCGAAGUCAAGAAGACCAACAGGUUGACUAAACGUCUGACUUCUGGCAAGCAAUUCCAGCCGGUGGUAUUACAAACCAUACAAAGCAUUGACGAUUUAUCCAUACCGCCCGUGUCAACCGAGGCAGCAGAACAUCUUCGCAUCCGCACCCAGGCGGUCCCUGAGCUUGAAAGUACUUACCGGUCCAUGGACCAUGUCCGCAACCGUCUCAGCGUCUCUACUGUCAGUAUGCUUGACGACUAUCCCGAGAUCCGCUUUCCAUCUCCGGAGCCGGAACGCAAGCAAGCACGGCGUCGAUCAUGGUUCGGCAAGGUCGUUGAAGAUAAGCCAAGCAAGCCAGAGAAGCCGGAACCCAAGUACAAGUCGAGCAAGAGAGAUAGCUGGAACGUCACGGACAUCAGUCAGGAGCACGCCAUGGCGAUCGUCAAUGAGUGGCAGACUCAGGCGCCAAGCUUAGGUGGAAGUCAUUACGACCAGAUCCCUAGCCGAAGAAACUCCAUGAAGCUCUACCAGCAGCAACAGCAGCAGCAGCAAGAGCCACAACAGGGAUUGCGGAGGCCUUCGAGGCUUCGACAGAAGAAGCGCAACAUGGACGACAAGGAGGCAGCAGAGUUUGCAAGGAUUAGAAGUGCUUCUAUUCGGGAGCGGGAUGCAUGGAAACAGCAACAGCCCGCUGUCCUCCGAAGGUCGACUUCUGGCCAGAGGACGUCGAUGGAGUCUCGUCGUUCCGCAUCGAGGAAGCGAUCCAGCAGGACCAGCAGCGCGACACGGACUACUCAGCCGAUUCCAGAAGCCAUCACGCAGCGGAUUCAAAAGGCUCUUUCCGCCUCUCGGGAGGCCUCCCGAGAAUCUAGUCCCCAUCGCAUGUUGAUGGACCAGGACGCAGAGGCCUCCCUGGGGGUUAACAUCCCUGCGCCGAACAUCGCUCCACCUCCACCUCCGCCUCCGCAUAGUCCACGGCCAAUGUCAAUUGACGAGGAAGAACACAGCAGUCCACCGCAUCCAAGUCAUGCUCCUCCACCUCCACCACCACAUUCGCCCCGACCAACAUCGAUCAACCAUGAUUACUUCUCCGAACAUCAAGCAGUGGCAGAGGACGAUUUCGCGCCUCCACCGCCAUCGCACUCCCCACGCCCAAUGGAUGUCACUCCCACGCAGGAGGAAGCUGAUCCGUGGGCGGCGCAGGCGGACAGAUGGAGAGCACUGAGACGACAGGUCUCUCAAGAAGCAGUCCGCGAGUCAGGUAUUCAUGUUGGGCAGUAUGAGACUGACGUCUAUCCCUCCUUGCCUCCGAUGAACAGACAACUGCCAAACAGGUAUACUAUCACCAAUGGAACCUAUGACCCACAAAGUGGAUGGGAGGACGGAUUCGGCUACAAGCAGGACCGCACCUACAGCUAUGCUCAUGAGGCAUGGACGUGGGAUACGCAAGGUCAAUACCAUCAGCAGCAGCACUACACAGCGUCGCCAUCGGCCUGGAAGGGCUACUAUGGCAACCAGUAUUGA